UAAUGGGUGAAGAAAAUUCAAAGAAGAAAAAAACAAUCCCACCAUACAUGAAAGCCAUAUCCGGUUCAUUAGGUGGCAUAGUUGAAGCCAGUUGUUUACAACCGAUUGACGUCAUCAAAACCCGGCUUCAACUGGACCGGGCCGGUUCAUACAAGGGAAUUAUCCACUGCGGUACGAACAUUGUUACUAACGAAGGUGUAAGGGCUUUAUGGAAAGGUUUGACCCCAUUUGCUACUCAUUUGACUUUAAAAUAUGCGCUUCGUAUGGGUUCAAAUGCGGUUUUCCAAACAGCUUUUAAGGAUACCGAAACGGGUAAACUUAGCCCCUCGGGUCGGGUCAUGGCCGGGUUUGGUGCGGGUGUACUUGAAGCUCUUGUUAUUGUAACUCCCUUUGAGGUGGUGAAGAUUAGACUACAGCAGCAGAGAGGAUUAAGCCCUGAGCUUCUGCGAUACAAGGGACCCAUACAUUGUGCUCGUUUGAUUGUUCGUGAAGAAGGCAUUCUGGGUCUCUGGGCAGGUGCUGCCCCAACUGUUAUGCGCAAUGGCACGAAUCAGGCCGCAAUGUUUACAGCCAAGAAUGCAUUUGACUCAAUGUUAUGGAAGAAAACUGAAGGUGAUGGAACAGUUCUUCAGCCAUGGCAGUCUAUGAUAUCAGGAUUCCUAGCAGGGACAGCUGGUCCCAUAUGCACUGGUCCAUUUGAUGUUGUGAAAACAAGGCUCAUGGCUCAGAGUAAAUCCGGGGGCGAGUUGAAGUACAGAGGAAUGUUUCACGCCAUCUCAACAAUAUAUACAGAAGAAGGAUUGCGUGCCUUGUGGAAGGGACUAAUUCCCCGGCUCAUGAGGAUCCCACCUGGCCAGGCGAUUAUGUGGGCUGUGGCUGACCAAAUAAUUGGCUUUUACGAGAAGGCAUAUUUAACAAAUGCACCUUUAUAGGCUUUGUUCUGGUUCUUAGUUCAUUUUUCUGCAGAAGCUCGGCAAGUUUUACCCUUUAUAGUUCCUUUAGCUAUUAAUUGAAGGCGAAAAGAAGAUGGCGCUAAACUAUAGCCACAUUCUACUGAGAUGCCGCAACCUUAACAAUGUUCUUAUGGACUACCUCCAUCUUUACAUGCCGGGGAACUGAGUUUUGGAGUAAAAUUAAAAUCCUUGAAGCCUCUUUUUGAUGUGUGUGAGGAUGGAAAUCCUAACUGGUCAGGCUGAAGUGCUUGAGAACAUUCUUAUUUUUAACCUUGUCAAAAGAAAAAAAUAAAACAUUUUUAACCUUUUAUUUUAUUU